AUGCCAACGGAAACUACGCUGUAUGAUGAUGAGGGUGAUGAAAACAUGCAUGAUGAUGGAGUCAAGCCUAAUGCAUGGGAAGCCGAGCCCGCGCAACCUCUUCAGACUGUUUCGGUUUCUCAUCAAGAAGUGCUUCAGAAGAUUGAGGAAUGGAAGGGCGCGAUAGGUGAUGAGAUUUCCAACGUGUUUGAUGUUCACACCGCUAUGAAAAGGCGCGAUGAGGAGUACCUUCGAACUCUUCGGGAAUCUGGAGUUGAGAUCGAGAUUUUACCGCGCAAGGCUUUGUUCCAUAGAAAGGGAGGAUCGGGUAGGCAUAAAUGCAGAGUAGUAGCGUGCGGAAACUUCUCGGCGUCGGCUAGAGAGAAGGGUCGGGAUAAGAAGGUUCAGUGCUACGCCGGUGGGGCUGACAGCCUCAGCCUGCGAUGCCAUUUGAGAGCUGCUGGAUACCGAGCUGCUAAGGGGAGAUGGAGAACGUCGGGAUCAGACGUUCGUACGGCCUUCUUACUAGCGCCACUCAGGCAGCCGGGCAAGGUGACAAUCUUGAGGCCACCAUCGGUACUGAUCCAAGCAGGGUUAGUAGCUCCGGGGGAGCUGUGGGAGGUCACUGGAGCACUGUACGGAUUACAAGCUAGUCCGGCAGCCUGGGCCACGUACAGGGAUGAGACGCUUCCUACGAUUGAGGUUUGCAUUAAGGAUCAGAAGACGCAUUUGAAGCAAUCCAAACAUGAUCCAAACCUGUGGCUUUUGAAUUGUCCUCACACUGGCCAGCUCAUCGCAGCCCUCACGAUUUACGUUGAUGAUUUGCUAUUGUCUGGGACUCCGGAAGCUUCCGAAGCUAUUUGGAGUGCUAUAAAAGGAAAGUGGAAGAUCAGCGAGCCGGAGUAUGCUGACGAGGGACAGGGGAUCACCUUUUGUGGAUUUGAGAUCAAGCAAGAUGAAGAAGGAAUCCACGUUGGACAAAGCAAGUACAUUCAGUCGCUGCUCGAAAAGUAUCCUGAAAUCACUGGAACGGUGACUGCUCCUUACGCCAAGGAGACAGAGCUUGUGUGCAAGCCCCAGGAUUCGAUCGAGAAACUUCGUCGUGCACAAGGCCUGGUUGGAGAACUUCUUUGGGUAGCAACGAGAACGAGGCCAGACCUGGUCUACGGUGUCAGUCGGAUAGGACAGCUCAUAACCAGAGAUGUGGAUCAAGCCAUUCAACGUGCUGAAGACAUGAUUCGGUACUUGAGAACCACAAAGCACCAGGAAGUGUUCUAUGGAAAUCCUGGUACGGGACAUGGUCCUGGAAACCAACUCCCGGUUGAGAGAGAUUUCAAUCUGAUUGAGGUCUUUGCUGACGCCAGCUUCUGUCCGGGAAGUGAUCGAAGCCAAACAGGCAUUGUGCUGAUGUGGGGUAAUGCUCCCAUUGGAUGGAUGUCAAUGAGGCAACCUUGUGCUAGUCUCAGCACAGCGGAAGCAGAACUGCAAUCGUCAUUGGAUGGGAUGACUCUUGCGGAAGGACUGCACCAGACAUUUACGGUUGAAAGCCACAUGGAACUCCUCAAGAUGAUGAAUGUGAAAAGCCGUGAUGAGCCAUCAGAUGAUGGGGGGGAGUCGGCGGCGUCUUUGAAAGCGAUACAAUCCGUUGAGCUUGAAUCCAGUUCUGGAUCCUUGAGGUCCGGGGGAGAUGGUCGUGUGGCCCAAGCGCUUCGGGCCAUCACUGCGGCUUCACUCCUUGAAGCUGUUGCUACGAAGUUGGUGAAGAUCAACAUUGAGAUUGACGAACACGAAAAGAGUCAGCUUGACGAGAACGUGCACCUCUUGAAGUACUUGUGUGCAGUGCUUGUGCUUGUCGGCUUGGUUGCGUUGACGGCUUGGAAGUGUUGUGAUCGUGAGUUGAAAGACACCCCUAGGAUCCGAGCUGUGAGGGGUCAGACUGAUGAAGAACCAGAUGAAGACUGGUCAGUGAUUCUUGGGUCCGAGCCUGAGGGGUCGGAUCGUGAACUGGAGGGUGUGAUCUCUGGCAUGCAAGCCUCUUCUUCAAGUGCUGAUGGUACUGCUUUCUUUCUGGCGCGUGACGAACGCGAUGAAAUCUGCGGUGCUUACGCAAGGCAUGUUGAUGACGAAGCUGUUCGAGGCACACCUGACAUGAUACAAGGUAUGUUUCAAGAUGAGGAGCCUGACACUCAGGCGCAAUCGCAGCAGACGGUGAGAAGAGCUGACACACAUCGGGACAGGCUGAUAGUGCAUCCGGAUUGGACCUUGAAGGCGCCUCCGAUCGUUGAUCGUUCGCGUAUCCCGAGUUGGGGAGGACCUGAGGCUCUGUUUCAUCAGCGGCUUCCGCCACACUUGAAAGCAGACCUAUGGUAUGUAGACCGUAGGCGUGGAGUCUUGACACGAUUCCAUGCUGUGCCUCGCCGAAGGCUCUACGUGCCUAGCCAACAGGGAGUACCGGCAGGUGUACUGUGGACCGACUUGACGGGUCGGCGACGUACACUGGCCAUAUGUGCUCCUGCGAGGGUUGCCUUUAACUUCGAGGAUCGUUUCGAUGUUCGAGCUCCGAAGCCUGGGAGGAACUUGGAGAUGCCGAAGGAGGCUGAAUCCUGGACUGGGCGUACUGAGUUCGAGCUUGCAGAUGCUCCACUACCAGUGAAUGUGGAGUGA